AUAAAAUCAUGUGUGGGGUUAGCCUCUCUAGCUAUUACACCUCUCUAUAGUAUGUACUAUAUAUAUAUCUCGAUUCUCGAAGACAUUUAAGUUAUUAUCUCAUAUGACCAAAAACACAACCACUCAACCAACCAAUUAUCAAAAAAAAAUAAAAUAAAAACAUUACAUAUAUUUAUCUACAACUUCAAAACUAUACAUAGUACACUAUUUGUACAUGGAUCCAUAUUAUUCCACCUCGUUCGUCCCAUAUCCAAAUUCAGAGUGUGAUUAUUCUAGCUUCAACUUAUACUCAUCUAAUCUUGAAUCUAUGUCAUGGGACAGCUUGUUGAUGAUGAACGACAACCAAGUUCCCCUUCCUUUCAACGAAAACGACACAGAAGAAAUGCUUCUCUACGGCGUUUUGGCCGAAUCAAAUUUAUCGAGCACAACCACAACUACGACUAGUACUACUACGGCCUCCAAUAACAAACUCGAUCACGAAGAGGUAAAUUCAUCGAAAUCAUCAGACCAGGAAGUACUAUUAUAUCAAGAAGAGAUCUCUUACCGAGGAGUGAGGAAGCGACCGUGGGGAAAAUACGCGGCGGAGAUAAGAGACUCGACGAGAAACGGCGUCAGGGUUUGGCUUGGGACCUUCGACACGGCUGAGGCUGCCGCCUUGGCUUACGACCAAGCUGCAUUCGCAAUGCGAGGAUCGCUGGCUGUUCUCAAUUUUCCGGCGGAGAAGGUGUGCCAGUCACUUAGGGAUAUGAAGUAUAGAAACGAAGAAGGUUGUUCUCCGGUGUUGGCCCUGAAAAAGAGGCAUUCUCUCAAGAGAAAAACUUCUAAGAAGACUAAUAAGCAGAUUAUUCACAAACAAAACAAGAUUAUUACUACUAAUAAUAAUUGUGUCGUUUAUAACGAAACGACGUCGUUUGAGGAGAAUGUGGUGGUGUUGGAGGAUUUAGGAGCGGACUACUUAGAAGAGCUUCUCAGUAUAUCUGAAACUGACGGUGCAUGCCCAUGGUAAAAUUACACGAGACCGCCCACAUGUGAUCAUUUUUUCUUCUUUUUGGUAGUCAAAAUCUCUAUAUUUAUAUGUGUAUAGCUAAUAAUUAAGAAAGUUAUUAGCUAUAAUUAUAUAAGUUUAGUCAUCAUAUCUUGGAUAUAAGAGGUCAACAUACUUGCCCGCUGGCCACUAUCUUCUUCGGAUAAUAAUCAAUUAAUUAACCUUUUUCUUUUUCCUUUGUAAUUAAAUUCUUGUAUCGAUCGAGCGAGAAUAUAAUGGAGAUGAUUUUAACUUUUUCUUU